GGGGCUUUUCAGGGAAGAAAAAAAAAAAACCAUUUUCCUGCGAAGGUCUGAAGAACACGUAAAAGAGAGAGGGGGAGAGAGAGAGAAGAGGCAGCGAUCUCAACGGCAACGGAACAGUACUGAGUAUUUUGGGGGAGAGAGAGAGAGAGAGGGGCGAGAAAGAUGGGGACGCUACAGACAUGGCGCAAGGCCUACGGUGCCCUCAAAGACCAGACCAAAGUCGGCCUUGCUCAUGUCAACAGCGAUUUCAAGGAAGUGGAUGUGGCGAUCGUUAAAGCUACCAAUCACGUCGAGUGUCCGCCCAAAGAGAGGCACCUUAGGAAAAUUUUGUCUGCCACAUCGGCGAUUCGACCUCGAGCCGAUGUUGCAUACUGCAUUCAUGCGCUUGCAAGACGACUGGCAAAGACCCAUAAUUGGACGGUGGCAUUAAAGACACUCAUAGUUAUUCACAGGACAUUGAGGGAGGGAGAUCCCACUUUUAGAGAAGAACUUCUGAAUUUCCAUCAAAGAGGGCGCAUUCUCCAAUUGUCUAAUUUCAAAGAUGAUUCAAGCCCCAUUGCUUGGGAUUGUUCUGCCUGGGUUCGUACAUAUGCACUGUUCUUGGAGGAACGACUUGAAUGCUUUAGGAUUCUGAAAUAUGACAUUGAAGCUGAGCGUCUGCCCAGACCUGGCCAAGGGCAGGAGAAGGGCUACAGCAGAACUAGGGAGCUCAACAGUGAAGAAUUAUUAGAGCAGUUGCCUGCCUUGCAGCAGCUGCUGUAUCGUCUAAUUGGAUGUCGACCUGAAGGAGCAGCUGUCAGCAAUUACGUAAUACAGUAUGCCCUAGCUUUGGUUCUCAAGGAGAGUUUUAAGAUUUAUUGUGCAGUCAAUGAUGGCAUCAUCAAUCUAGUUGAUAAGUUUUUUGAGAUGCCAAGACAUGAAGCAAUUAAAGCUCUGGAUAUAUAUAGACGAGCUGGUCAGCAGGCUGUGAGCCUUUCUGAUUUUUAUGAAGUUUGCAAAGGCUUGGAACUUGCUAGAAAUUUCCAGUUUCCUGUCUUGAGAGAGCCUCCACAGUCCUUUCUUGCAACCAUGGAAGAGUAUAUAAGAGAGGCACCGCGGAUGGUUUCUGCUCCCAGGGAGACAUUGGAGUAUCCAGAAAGGCUCCAAUUGACAUAUAAACCAGAAGAUUCACCCCCUCUUCCUGAAGAUACAGAAGCAUCAGCUGAUGAUGCUGAGCAACCACCUCCAGAGGACAUUUCUAAUGCCGUUGUUGAGGUUCCUCCCACUCCACUGCCUCCAACUGACCUGGUUACUGAUGACCUGCUGGGAUUAUCUCUUACAACACCUGAUGCAUCUGCAAUUGAGGAAAGCAAUGCGUUGGCUUUAGCCAUUGUUCCAUCUGGUACUUCUUCAUCUCUUGACUCUGGUACUGUUCAAGCAAAGGAUCUGGAUCCUACUGGAUGGGAACUUGCCUUGGUCACUACACCAAGCAGCAACAUCUCUUCUGUUAAUGAGAGGCAAUUGGCAGGUGGAAUGGACUCGCUCACUCUUAAUAGUCUGUACGAUGAAGGUGCAUAUAGAGCUUCUCAACAGCCCGUGUAUGGAACGCCAGCUCCAAACCCAUUUGAAGUUGCAGAUCCAUUUGCUUUCUCAAACAGUGUUGCCCCUCCCCCAGCGGUGCAAAUGGCAGCAAUGGCUCAGCAGCAGGCCAACCCCUUCGGUCCAUUUCAACCUGCCUAUCCCCACCAGCCACAGCAGCAACAUGUUAUGGUAGACCCUCACAACCCCUUUGGUGAUCCUGGGUUUACGGCAUUUCCUGCGAACCCAGUUCAUCCACAAACAAAUAAUCCAUUUGGAAGCACAGGCCUCAUUUAAGCGACGGAUUGAAACAUCAAAACACUGUAAUGUACCCCCAACCCAGUUGAUUUUGUUGUACUUGGAGAUGAGUGAAAGCAGGGUGUGGCUUUGUGUAUUCCAUCCUUCUUCAUAGUUGAUUUCGGAGCUUGAAUCAAAUGGUUUUGUAAAAGGUAGGAACUGGAUGAUGCAAAAAUGUAAGAAUUUUCGGUCAAAAUGACUUAAGAUUCAUCCUUGUUUGUCAAAGCAGUGGUUGCUUGUGGCACAAGCAUUGGUUUACUGUUUAGUUAAGCAGUACUUCUUUAUGUGA